GAGGAUCCGCAUAGCGUCAAAUAUUGAAGUAUUUAUGUGGUAGGCAAUUUAUUAGUGCUUUUUAUGUGGGAAAUUGAGUAUUUGUUGUAUUUUAAAUAAAGAUUUGUGUUUAGUGAGCACGUAAAGUCAAUUUCCCAAAAAGAUUUCAAAAUAAAAAAAUAAAAAAUUGGUGUUUCUGUUGCCGUCCAUUUCUCUGCUACUCAGUCUCUUUCAUCUCUCCGGCUCCGUGUUUCUCAACCCUGCGACUCCGUCUCUCUUUCAGUCAAAGACUCGAACCCUAACCGCAGAGGCGCACACCAUCAGUCCGGCGUCACACGAUCCUCAGGCUCUCAUCUCUGCGACUCUCUUUGUCUCUCUCUCCUCUGGCUCGCUACUUUGGGCUUUCAUUGUGGAGAUCUGGUGCCACAAAGUGCACUGUUCAAAGGGUUUUGUAGAGAAUUUACUCAGAUAGAGAAAGGCAUGGCUGAUUCCAAACCUACAACUAGCAUGAGAUGCCAUCAUUGUGCUGGUCCUCUUUCUAAGGAGAUGGAAACUAGCGGGUGGACCGUUCCACCUCUUAUUAGGGAUAGCUUUUCUAUGAUUGGCUCUGCGGUUGGUGGCACAGCAAGUGCUUUUUAUGGAUUCAACCAUGUGAUGCCUGUUGUUCGGAGAUGGGUAAAAGGACCUAUGUGGUUACAUUUUUUCAUUGGUGCUCCGCCUGUGAUUGUAUUCUCUUCAGCUUGUGCAGGUUUGGCAGGUGGGGCUGUUCCAGCCUUGGCCCAACUUGCUUCUUCCUCGUAUCGUGCAGUGGUCUCAUCGUCCUCGUUGCCUCCAACAUCUGAAGACGAGAAGAUUCACAAGUCCAGAACUUCCUCUACUCUGUAAUGUAAAACAGCUUUAUGCAAGCAAGUGCACGUGAGGGAACCAUCAAGGCCACCUGUGUAGUCGUCCAUUCAUCGAGGUGGUUCAUGAAGUCCGGUCAGCUUCAGGCAGACAGAAGUUUUGGUGAUACAAAGUUAUGAUGCAAAUAAUUGUUGGGUAAAUCUUUAUGCUGUUAAUUGAGUUGUCGAGUUCAUAGUAUGGUAAAUACUUUGCUUUUGACUUAUUUUUCCUACCGCGUUAUUUUUCGUGUACAUGUAAAUUUACUGGAUGUGUUGCAAAGGAAAGUGCGCUAAGAUCCAAUAUCUAAUCAGACAAUUGUUAGGCCAAGCAAGUAUUUAUCGAUUGUGGUUUAUAAUU